AUGGAUAAAAACAUAGAGAAUGGAAUAAUCUAUCAUUUAGAAAAUUCUGGGCAAUUUUGGGAUAAAUUAGAUGAUAUUCUUACUCAAGGUGAGCAUGAAAGCUUGGCAAAAAGUUCUAUUGAUGUAUAUAUUAGUUUUAUCACCAAUUUUCAAGAUUCAACAAUGUAUCAAAUGUUUCCAGGAAUAAUAUUAGAACGAUUAAUAAACAAAUCAUUCAAACAUGACAAUAAUUUAUCACCGUCAAAGGAAUUAUUUAUUUUAUUCAACAUUUUAUUUUUUGCAGGAAAAGAAAAUUCUCAAAUAUUCAAAAUGAUUAGAAAUAAAAGGCCAUUUGACUUUAUUAAUAAAUUAAAGAAUGUUAUUUAUUAUCAAAAGGGAGAAGGCAAAAAAUUACAACUUAUUACAAUACAAUUGUUCUUUGAGAUUUGUUGUGUUCAACCUUUAUCACAAACUGAAUUGGAUAUGAUCGAUGAAGAUUUAUUAAAUCAUUUGUUAGAUUUAGUGGAAAUAACAAGAGAUGAAGAAGAUGAAACAUUUAAUUAUUCAAUUAUUCAUUUAAUUGAGGAAGAAUUUUUGAACCUUAAUACAGUUGUAACAAUUUUGAGCAAAAGAAUUGGAACAAGUAAUACAUUUGGUGAAAAUAUAAUAUUUAUGUUAAACCGUUCAGCUAAACCACAUAUUCAGAUGCUUAUAUUGAAAUUAUUAUUUGAGAUAUUUACAACUCCAGAAACAUUUGAAUAUUUUUAUACAAAUGAUUUGGGAUGA